CAUGGUGCUCGGCCUCCACCCCUUCGCCGACAUCGCCGCCGACGGCACCCCUCGCCUCGACGUCGCCAAUGGAGAGGAGAUCGUCCGCGUGCAGCGUGCUUCCGCGCUCGCCCUCGGCUGCCGCGCGCCAGAGCCGCCCGGGACCGUCUUCAUCACUACCAGGAGGGUGAUCUGGGUUAGCGACACAGAGAGGAACAAGGGCUACGCGGUGGACUUCGUCGCCGUCUCGCUCCACGCAGUGUCGCGAGACCCCGAGGCGUACCCCUCCCCGUGCAUCUACACGCAGGUGAUUUCCUACAUAACAGUUUUGGAUAACUCCAAAUUAACAUUGACAUAGGACAUAGGACAUUUGCGGCUGAUC